AGCAUGCGCUUUUUUGUCACAAAAUCCAAAAUGGGGGAAAACAUUGCUUAUUCCAUUUAGAUAUUUGUCUUGUGGACAUUUGGAGUUCUUAGCAAUAGUUACUACUGUUGAAAGGACUAUUCCCGUUACAAUGCCAUUAGGGCAGAAUGCUCAAUGCUUUGCGUGUAAAAUCAACGAAUCGUUAAUGUGGCGAAAGGGCGCAAAUGGUGAAAUUCUUUGUAAUUGUUGUCACCUGAAACGAGUCAAUGCGAGCACAAGAACUCAAAGGCAGAGCUCCAAGGAGAGUAGAAAAUUAGUUGCAAGGAUUAAGGCUAGCUCACGGAAGGGACAUCAUAAUGGCAAAUCCGGCGACAAGACAAGGGAAAAGAAUCGAAGAACUCUCGCCAAGUUAAAGCGAAAGCCAUACAAAUCUCCUACUGGCGUGGCAACUGUUGUUGCUUCUAACAAAGUCUAUUACAAAAAUAUACUUUACCAAGUUGGUGAUGUCAUCUCAAUAGAGGAUAUUGAUGGCGGGCUUUACUAUGCACAAAUCAGGGGCUUUUUGCAGGAUGAGUAUGCUGUCAAAAGUGCUGUGAUAACCUGGCUUGUUCCAACAGUACCACAUCCUCCCCACUUUGAUCCAGCAAUUUUUUUACCAGGCCCAGAAGAAGACACGCCCAGACCAAUGGAAUGCAUGGAAUUUGUUUGCCGAGCACCCACAGAACUUUUCAAGGCUAGAAGAGACCAUCCUCCAUUUGUGAGACCAAGGCAUCCAGAUCUAAGUGAACUCACAUCAGCUGCAGAGCUUGUGUUGCAACCAUUUUCAUAAAAAAAAACAUAAAUAAAAGCUACACCCUAGCAAGAGUUUCUAUGGAUUUCAGGUUUAAAUACAGUGUAGUAGAGUGGUGACCCCACAUCUUUUCUGGUGUCAUAUUCUGACCAGUCACAAGCAAUUGCAUGACCUACACAGUAUACAACUCUGCAGGUGACUAACUUGGUCAAACAAAUAAUCAUUGCUUGUUCUAAUGUUUUAGUAUUAAAAUGCUUGCUAUGCAAGAUACUGUAAAUGAAUACCAAAACCAAAAAAGAAAUGUCCUUAUCAGCACUUUACAGCUUAACUUCACAACUUGUAAAGACUUUGAUUGAACUUGAAUUUUCUAGUAACAGGGAAAGACCAAAGAAACUAUAUAUAAGCAAAAGAACACUCCUGGUUAAGUGAGUUUUUCAAGAUUUUAUGUAUUUUAGGCUUAGUUUGCAGAGUAUGUAACUGAACGCUGUGCAAUCUAGCUCACAAAACUUGUUCUUGCUCAGUCAAAACAAAUGUACAGUUUUAAAAAUGUUCUAUACUUCCUUCAUAAAGACAGCAUAUUAUGUAUAAGUAAAAAAUUAAUGUGAAGUUA